GAUUCGAGGGUUUUUGAUCUGUAAGAGAAAAGAGCAUCUUCACUCGGAGCGAAGCUCUUACUAUAAGCAAAUCAAUUCCUCAGUGUUUGGGAAAAUGCAGUCUUUUCGUGGGAGUAUCCGGUUGGUUCAAAGGCAUUACUUUACCGCGAAAACUUCUUCACUUGCAAAAGGAUUCAUUUCGUCCAAAUCUACAGGUUAUCCAUUCGAGCGAUUGCCUCACGAGUUCGCUUCUCGCUCUGAGCAGGUAAAAUUUUGCUCCCAAACUGAGUCAUUGACAUCAGUCAACUAUUAUGGUAGAAGUACUGGGGCGGGUAUGUUUCAACCUUUUGCUAGUAGAUGCAUUACAACAAUGGGAAAUUCUGUUGCAUCAGCUUCGCAAGAUUCUUCUGCUGCUGUAUCUGAUGUAGCUCCCCGCAUUAAAUUCAAGAGGCUUGAUAAAACUGCUAGGCACAUAAUGCAGAUUUUAGAUAAGGAAGCAGUGGAGGAUGUGAAGGGACAGAGAGAGAUACCAGAUAUAAGGCCUGGUUAUAUUGUGCAACUUAAAGUGGAAGUCCCUGAGAAUAAGAGACGUGUUUCGAUCUUAAAGGGUAUUGUUAUAGCAAGGCGAAAUGCUGGUCUAAAUACUACAUUUAGAUUAAGGAGGCUGGUAGCAGGGGUUGGAGUUGAAAAUCUCUUCCUGCUGUACUCGCCCAACAUAAAGGAGAUAAAAGUGUUGGACAAGAAGAAUGUGAGAAGAGCCAAGCUUUACUAUCUGAGGGACAGGAUGAAUCCUCUUAAGAAGUAGUAGGAAGCUUUACUGCUAGCUCUUUGAGAAAGAUGGUGGGUCUGUAUUGCCUUUGUGACAAACAUCUUGAACUAUUGCUGUAUCCAUUUUUCCCUUUUUGUUACUUAGGGGAAAAAUUUAGGACUUCCGUUUAUUGGAAGAGGUGAGGGUUUCUACCAAAUAGGGGAAAAUUUAACAUGUGCAAUGUGUUAGGGGCAAGAUUUUAAUAAGUCUUUUAUCUUUCAAGGGAAAAUUUAAGAUG